AGCUAGCCAAACUUCAGUAACCCUACAAACGUCACUGCUGUUUAGUUUUCUGUCUUCAUUUAUUUCUGAAGUGAUAGCAGAGCUGUAGGUUUUAAUUUUUUCUGUGGCAGUUAAGCUGCCGGGUUUUUGGCUUCACGACCCUCCUUCAUGGUUCAUGCACGUCGAAACUCAGUUUGCUCUUCAUGGCGUUCCGGCUGAUGACACGAAAUACCAUCAUGUGGUGGCAUAGCUGGAUCCACUGUCCACCCCUGUGUGGUGACUCUCCUCCGGGAUCCCCCCACCCAAGGGAAAUACACCACUCUCAAGGCGCGGCUGCUGUGCUACGCCCUCUCUGAUGCAGAGCGGCUGAGAAACUCGUCUCUCUCUCGGGCCUAAGUGAUGGUACCACACUCGAGUUCAUGGAGAGCAUGCUGUUGUUGCUAGUAACGGAUGACGGCGGAUUCCUCUUCACUCACGUACUCCGACGACAGUUGCCGGUGCGAGCUGGCCUCGCCAACUCCCCGCUGCUGGCUGCGAAGGAUUACCACUCACUUGCAGAAGAAGCGGAUCACAUUCUCCAGCGUCGUGCCACAUUUGCAGGUUUAAGGUCCAGGGAAAUGAGCCUGCCAGCGCUCCGUAGCGGCCGCUACCGCUGACGAUAAGGAAAGGCUGCUCUUCAUAGAGGACUCAUGCUCUGGGACAUGUUUUCUGGUUGACUCCAGCUCCCAGAAGAGCCUGGGGAGGUCUCGAGACUACUUCUUCUGAACCAUGGGUCAUAAAACUCUAAUUUGUGCAGGAAUUUUCAUAAUGCAUUUGAUGACCACCACCAGAACUGCACUGCUUUCAGCAGGGUCCAAUAUAACAGUGCUUCAGCAGUAUCACUUCAUCAAUAAAUCCCUGACCUGGUAUGAGGCUCAGAGCUUCUGCAGAUUAAAGUACACCGACUUGGCCACCAUAAAUAACAUGGAUGAUGAAAACCAGCUGAUCAACACACUGGGCAGUAACGUGACAUCGUCAUGGAUUGGACUUUACAAUGGACAGACCAACAGGUGGCUGUGGUCUGAUGGCAGCGGCAUAGCGAGCUUCACCCAGUGGAGCCCUGGUGAACCAAGCAACUCUGGAGGGGUUGAGGCAUGCGGAUUGAUGUAUGAUAACGGCCUCUGGAAUGACGCUCAGUGUGGAUUAGCCCUGGCUUAUGUGUGUUAUGAAAUUCAGCAGGAUGGCAGCAAGAAGUAUGUGGUUUACACACAGGGACAAACCUGGCAGAACAGUCAAGAUCUGUGCAGGCAGAAGCACACUGACCUGGCAUGUGUGCAGACAGUACAGGAGAAUUUAGCGAUUGCUGCAGUUACAAACGUAGUGUGGUUCGGUCUGUUUAAAGAUUCCUGGUACUGGUCAGAUGGAACAAAGACCUCCUUCAGGUACUGGAAAAGAGGCGGAAGUUAUAGUGGAAACUGCGUUUCAGUGGAAGGAACACAGCAGGGACGCUGGAUACCAGCUGACUGUAACAAGAAAGCAACAUUCAUCUGUCAAGGAGGGCUCAAGCUAAAGAAGACGGUCAUAAAGAUGAAGGUGCAGUCUGAUGUGGAUCUCACUGACUCUACUACUUCCAGUCUAAUCCUACAGAAGUUGGAGACAAUCCUGAGUGAACAAGGGCUGACUGAUGUCCAACUUAAAUAUGAACGUGUAUUUCAACCUCAGCUGAAGACCACUGAGAACGCGGGAUGCUGAGUGCAGAAGUGCCAAUGUCGUUUUACAGCAACAUUAGUGGUUAUAGUGGUUUGUAGAGCUGAUGGAUGGAAACAGAUUGUUGCUUGCCUCAGUAAAUUUAUUGACCCUAUACUUGUGUAGUUCAUAACAGCUGAUGUAUAUUCUAACCUACGUUAUUAAGUAAAUUAAACUUUUACUUACUUUAAGAGUGUAAUUAAAACACUAGAGCUUGUCCUCAUUUCCCCCCUGAGGUUUUUGCUCAUAAUAUUGUAACUAUGGGUGGGAAGAAGAACCUAUGCAAUAUAACAUUAAACAUUGUAAUAAUAUGAACUCAAAAUCUAAGUGCUAAGAAAAGAUGCAAAUCACUUUCAAGUUUCUAAAAUUGUGCAUUACAGUGCUUUGGACAUGGCAUCUAAGUGCUUUAUUUUGAAAAGACUUUCAAUUUUAAAAAAAAUUGUGUGAAGAAAAUUUUUUCUGCUUCUUUCAGUCAGUAGAGAAAAACAAACAUAUUUAUAGCUGCAACCAGACUGCUCCAUUACUUUGGUAGUGACUCUU